AUGGGGGCCAGAGAGGGCAGCCACAUCUGGAAGAUGCAUAUGGUUAAGGGUCAGGAAGGCCUGGGCAUACAGAUAACAGGGGGACGUGGCUCCAAACGUUCUCCUCAUGGCAUCAUUAUAGCUCAUGUAGAGGAAGGGGGCGCCAUUCACAGGGACGGUCGUCUUCAUGCUGGUGAUGAGUUGCUGAUGAUUAACGGUCAGUCUCUGGUGGGUCUCACUCAUCAGGAGGCUGUUGCUAUACUCCGUUCCACUACUGGUCUGGUCCAACUAGUGGUGGCCAGCAGGGAGGAGUCAGAUGUGGGUUUCGAGUGCUUCCCAUCUACCAGUCUGCCAGACAUUCUCAGCACCUACAAUUCCUCUGCUCCCCCUCCCUCACCACAGACCUCCAACUGCAGUAUCAGUCUGUACAACCCUUACAUGUUGACUAACAUGGAGAGACUAGAAGAACAAAAUCAGGAAGAGGCAUCCAAAGGAUCCUGCUGCAGCCCCACACCCUCGAAACUCUGCAGCCUUUCCCAGGGGGGUAGCAGCCGCCUGGAGUCAGUCGGUGAGGAUGAUGAGCUGUUUGUGGAGAACAGUGUGAGUGGCUGUGACGUGGUGGAGAAGCCUCCACCUGGCAGACGUAAACACUCCUUACCUCAACAACUAGAUACUGCUGGAGUGAGACAGGAAUAUCAGAUAAUUAAGAAAUCAGCCCGCUCCCUGAGCACCAUUCAAGUGGAGUCUCCAUGGCGACUGGCACAGCCGUCCAUUAUCUCCAGUAUAGUGCUGAUGAAAGGACAGGGCAAGGGCCUAGGAUUCAGUAUUGUCGGUGGGCAGGACUCAGCACGUGGUCAGAUGGGGAUUUUUGUCAAAACCAUUUUCCCUCAUGGAGCUGCAGCAGCUGAUGGACGACUGAAAGAGGGAGAUGAGAUUCUGGAAGUGAACGGAGAGUCUCUUCAAGGACUCACACAUCAACAGGCCAUCCUGACCUUCAAGCAGUUGAAAAAAGGUGUUGUGACGUUGACAAUUCGAACUCGUCUGCGCAGUCCCAGCCUGACACCCUGUCCAACACCCACCCUCCUCAGCCGCUCCAGCUCACCCAACUCCAAUACCAGCGGGGGAACACCUAUUCCUUUGGGGUUUGAAGAGGCUGAUGGCUACAGGGGCCCCGGCCCUGGUCCAAAAGACUGCGUCAUUAUGGAGGUCACACUCAAUAAAGAGCCUGGUGUUGGUCUGGGGAUUGGAGUCUGCUGUCUGACGCUGGAGAACUGCGCUCCUGGGAUCUACAUCCAUAGCCUGGCACUGGGAUCUGUGGCAAAGAUGGAUGGCAGGCUCAGUCGUGGAGAUCAGAUACUGGAGGUGGACUCAGUCAGUCUUCGUCAUGCUGCUCUCAGCGAGGCCUAUGCCAUCCUCAGUGAAUGUGGCCCUGGACCGGUCAGCCUCAUUAUAAGUAGGCAUCCUAACCCCAAGGUAUCAGAACAGGAGAUGGAUCACAUCAUAGCUCGGUCCACACACAGGGACAAAAUGAGCAAAAACAGACAUUCAUCUCACUCUCAAGGUCUGGCAUGUAAGAGCCCCUGCCCAACAACGAAGGACAGGCAGGGAGAGGGCUCCCCUGCUCUCAGCUGGACCAUGAAGAGGUUCCUCGAGCCUGCCAGUAGAGGGUCCCUGAGCUCAGAGGCAGAAUUAUCUCAGUACUUCUCCCAGGAUGCUUCCAGCCACUCGUUCCUGUCUGAAUCCGUGCUGAUGGGCUCAAACAGUGAUGAGGCGAUUCACCAACAGAGCUGCAGUUCCUCCAUGGAUGCCAAUUCAUCACAGCCACAUGAAGUGGAGAGCGGCCCUGUGUACAAUGCAUCACAAGACAAAACCCCUGUCCCUCUUGUAGAUGCAGUUUGCCAGCCCAUUGCAGUCUCUAGUCCCGCCUCACUGCGAAGCCCACUUCUUCGUCAGCGUCGUGUGAUGUGCUUUGAGGACGAGCUCAGUGAUGAUGAGGGCUCUGACAAUGGACUAACACGAUCUGACUCUGUUAACUUCAGUGACACUCAAGCAUCCCAAACAUCCAAAACUGAUUCAGCAGUUGUAAUAGCUACAUCAUCGUCAGAUGUAGAUGGAGACUGUGAAGAUGGUGGGGAUUUGCAGAGGUGUGGAAACAAUGGUGUGACAACGCCAUUCAAUAGUAGUUUCUCACAGUGUGAGGAAGGUAUUACCAGUAAGUCUGAGUCACCUGGUUCUCAGUCACCUUUCAUGCCUAUCCGCUCCCCCUUUGACCACAAAGCAUGGGUUGUGAGCAGUGUGAGUUCUGGGUCCAGUAAUUUGACCAUCAAAAGUGUGAACUAUACAAGUCAAGAUGAUGGACAGUUGGAGUCAAAGCGCUCCCCUAAGCUUGAGCAUAAAGCAGUGACGCGGGUAAAAAGUAUGAUGAACACUGAAGCACCAAACCUGUCCCAGCAGCAAAAGUCCAAAUCUGAUGAAUACUCUACAGGCUUGCCCCCAUUCCAUGGCACACAGUGUGGAAGUCCCCCCAGGAUUGCUGGUGCGUUGAUACCCCUUCAGCAUUGUAAGAAGGGAGAUGCCAGUGAGCUUGUGGGUGUUUAUACCAUUGAUACUGUAACCCUGUGGAGAAGUGAGGACGAGUCAUUUGGGCUUGACCUAGAGAUUAUGUCAUCCCCGCUGAAAGUUGUCAUCGCUGGGUUAAAGCCUGGAGGCGCGGCAGAAAGGGAAUCUAGAGGCAAGCUGUUUCCGGGAGAUGAAAUUGUAAAAAUUAGAGAGAAACUGGUGUGCUCUUCUAGCUACCAGGAAAUCUGUGAGCUCAUGCACAACCUUCCUAGGAUGCUGGUCUUGGAAGUCAAGAGACCGGUUUCAGCUGUAUUAUCUGGACAGGAACAGAAUAUGUACUGUUUAAAAGAGCUGGCUACUUCUCCUGUCAGUCAGUGUAAGCUGCAAACACUUUCUUCCCUGACAGUUAAAUCAUACCUGUCUGCCCUGCUUCAGGAGGCCAAGGCCCUGUCAGAGGUAAACCAUAACACUUACCUUGUUUUCCUGAGUAAAGAAGAAGGCUCAGGACUUGGCUUUAGUAUUGCUGGUGGCGUCGACCUUGAGCAGAAGGCAAUAACUAUUGGGUAA